AUGGCGCGGCGCGUUCGCGGUGGAACGGGGGGGAAGGGCCCCGCGGCGGAGUCGCGGGGCGGCCUUGAUGGCGCGCUGCCUCCCGCCGCGGCCGCGGAACGGUCCGGCCCCGCCCCCGCCACAACGGCCCGCCUGCUUCCUCGCGCGGUGGUUUUGCAACUCGGAAGGGCGGACCUAAACAAGCGCGCCUCAAACCGCGCCAGGCGGCAGCGCCGCGCGCGAGCAGGCCGGUUUUCUGUGCUGUUCGAGGCGCGGGGGUGGGGCUCGCGUUGCGCGCAGCCCGCGGCGCUUCGGAGUCGCGCAGAACGGCCCUCCACGCCCUGCCGCCUUCCGUGCUGUGGUGCGUCGGGGCGCGGGCUUGGUUUGGCAGCUGGCGCGGCGGCCCCGGCGGAAGGGAAGGCGGCGGCGCUGCGCUGCGUGGGCUUUGCGGGGCGGCCGCCCUUCCCGCCGGCCCGCGGCCUUCUAACCUCAAACGGAAAAAAGCGGGGAAAAGAAGGCGUCUUCUUCGCCAUGUCCGCGUAG